AUGGCCGCUCCUACCACUCCGGCCCUGUCGGCCUUGUCUGGCCCGACGUAUACCACAGCCCAGACGCUGAUCCAGCAGGUGGCGUACCUGCUGAGCGACAAGAUCUUCUCCUACUCACCCGAAACAUUCGACUUGGAUGCCGCCCUCCGUGAAUGGUCCUCGGGCCGUGAAACCAAUGCCAAUGGCGAGUCUCCCGUCGUCAAGGCCAUGGAGACCCGCCAGGGCGCCGGCAACAUCGCCCUCGGCUACCUCUUCUCGCAGGACUUUGAUCUGAAGAAGCGCCAUGUGCCGCAGGGCAUCGUUGCCUCCUCCGCUACCCUUCCAUACAUGCGCGCGGCGCUGGAACAACUCUCCCUGCUCUAUUCAGUCGCCAGCCCCGUCGCUGCCCACGUCGCCGCCGUCGACUAUGCCGGCGAGGAGGGUUUGGUCUCAGACUAUGCUUCUGCCCUCUCGCUUGCCGAGGACCUCGGACUGGGUCUAGUCUCUAGCGGCUCGGCUCAUGAGUCUCAACACAUGGCUUUGUUCACGACGCUCCUUGCCUCUGUCCUCCCUUCGAUUCAUAUCUACGACGGUGUCCGCGUUGGCCGCGAGACUACCCGGGUCAUCGACGUUCUCGAUCAGGAUGGGCUGAACCGUACUUACGAGGCUGUCCGCAAAACUCUGGACAACUCUCGUAACCGUCACCUUGAUGCCCAGGGCAAGGUUUUGGACUUGCUCAAGACCCUGAAUGGCGAACUUGGAACCGACUAUGGUGCCUUCGAGUACCACGGUCACUCGGAGCCUGUCUCUGUCCUGGUGGCCUUUGGCACUGUCGAGGCUGCCCUUACAGCUCAGGUCGCCCGGUCAUUGGCCAAGGACGGUGUCCGUGUUGGAGUCGUCAAUGUCCGUGUCUAUCGCCCUUUUGUCGAGGAGGAGUUCCUGCGUGUUCUUCCCCAGUCCACCAAGACCGUUGGCAUUCUUGGUCAAGUCGUCAACGAGGAUGCUGUCCAGGAGGAGGGAACCCACUCUGCCCUUUACGAGGAUGUGCUUGCCGCUCUGACCUUUGCCACCGGCCGUGAGCAUGCUCCGGCCUGCGUCGAAAUCAAGUAUGCUCGCUCCCAGCGUUGGGACCUGAUCACAGCUGCUGCUGCCUUCCAGCGUAUCUUGGACACGCCUAUCCUGCCGGUCAACACUGAGACCAACCAGACUGCGGCUCUGGAGUUGCUGGACCCCGCUACCGUCCAGGAAUACACUUUCUGGGAUGUCGACAGCUCUGUCUCCGAGGAUGCCACUCGCACUCUGAGCCAGGCUCUUGCCGCUGACUCGGCGAGCAACGUCACCGCCAGCAAGACCCACGACAACCUGGUCCAGGGCGGUGCUGUCCGCAUCGACAUCCGCAAGAGUGCCAAGAUUCUGGAUGCUCCUUAUGCCGUGACAGCUGCGGAUGUUUCUUACGUUGGAGACAUCAAGCUGCUCAAGGACGUUGAUGUGCUCGCUUCUGUCAAGGACAACUCCAAGGUCAUUGUCAGUGCCCCGGGUAUCAAGGAUGAAGAUUUGGAGAAGAAGCUGCCGGCCGCCUUCAAGCAAACCGUGGCUUACCGCGGCAUCUCGCUCUUUGUUGUCGACCCUUCGGUUACCGAAGAUCCCUCCCUCGACGCCCUUGUGUUGCAGGCCACGUUCUUCCGUGUUGCUCUGCCUUCUCAAGAGAAUGUGGGAACCAAGAAGCUGUCUUCGAUUGUCGGCAAUGCCGAGGCCCUCGAGAAGGUGACCAAGGAUCUUGACACGAUGCUGCGCCAGAUCGAGAUCCCUGAAUCCUGGAAGGAGCCCGAGGAGGCCGAUGAGCCCCUUCAGCUCCCGAAGGACCUCUCGAUCAACAGCUUCGUGCCCUUCGACAAAGCCGAGACCGAACCGUCGACCCUUCUCAAGGACUGGCAGACUGCUGCUCGUGGUCUGGCGUUCAAGGAGGCUUUCGGCACCAAGACCGCUCUCCGUCCUGACCUGGCCACCAAGACCUUUACUGUGCACGUUAAGGAGAACCGUCGCCUCACGCCCACCACCUAUGAUCGCAACAUCUUCCACAUCGAAUUCGACCUUGGCGACUCUGGCCUCACUUAUGACAUCGGUGAGGCCCUGGGUGUCCAUGCCGAGAACGAUCCCAAGGAUAUCAUGGACUUCAUCGCGUUCUACGGGCUAGACCCUGACGCCAUCGUUGAAGUCCCAAGUCGCGAGGAUCCCGCCGUGCUGGAGAACCGGACGGUGUACCAGGCACUGGUCCAAAACGUCGAUAUCUUCGGCCGCCCACCCAAGCGAUUUUACGAGGCCCUCUCCGAGUUCGCCACAGACGAGAAAGAGAAGACCGACCUCCGCACCCUGGGCGGUCCCGACGGCGCCGUGGAGUUCAAGCGCCGCGCCGAGGUCGACACUGUGACCUUUGCCGACAUCCUACUGGAGUACCCGUCCGCGCACCCAGAAUUCCACGACAUCGUCCGCAUCAUCGGCCCGCUCAAGCGCCGCGAGUACUCGAUCGCCUCGUGCCAAAAGGUAACUCCGACGACCGUGGCGCUGAUGAUCGUCGUUGUGAACUGGGUCGACCCCAACGGCCGCGACCGCUUCGGCAUGGCCACCCGCUACCUAAGCCGACUGCAAGUUGGCGCCCCUGUCACGGUCAGCGUCAAGUCGAGCGUGAUGAAGCUGCCUCCGAAGUCGACGCAGCCGCUGAUCAUGGCUGGUCUGGGCACAGGCCUGGCGCCGUUCCGCGCAUUCGUGCAGCACCGCGCCCUCGAGAAGGCCCAGGGCAAGGAGAUCGGCGCUGUUCUCCUGUACAUGGGCUCGCGCCACCAGCGCGAGGAGUACUGUUACGGGGAGGAGUGGGAGGCCUACCAGGAGGCCGGUGUGAUCACUCUUCUCGGCCGCGCCUUCUCGCGCGACCAGCCCGAGAAGAUCUAUAUCCAGGACCGCAUGCGCCAGACCCUGCCGGAGAUUAUCCAGGCUUAUAUGCGCGAAGAGGGCGCUUUCUACCUCUGUGGUCCCACCUGGCCCGUUCCUGAUGUCACGGCCGUGCUGGAGGAGGCUAUUGCCACCGAAGCGAAGAAUAAUGGCAAGAAGGUCGAGACCCGCAAGGAGAUCGAGAAGCUGAAGGACGAGGAGCGCUAUGUUCUGGAGGUUUACUAG